GUCGUCCUCGUUUGCUUCAUCUCUAUCUUCGCUCCACCCUGUGCUUUGUAUUCGCGCUUUAUACCCGCAAUGGCAGAUUUCCUCGUCCCCUCAACCCAUCCCCCAGAAAGCGAGGCCCAGCACCGACUCCAUGGUCCCAUCCACGCACAGCGCCAUGUUCGGGUUGUCUGCAUUGGAGCCGGCGCCUCCGGGCUGUUGAUGGCCUACAAAUUGCAGCGACACUUCUCCAACUACUCGCUCACGGUGUACGAGAAGAAUCCAGAGGUCUCGGGGACGUGGUGGGAGAAUCGGUAUCCGGGGUGCGCGUGCGACGUCCCCUCGCACAACUACACCUGGUCCUUUGAGCCGAAGCUCGACUGGUCCGCCGUCUACGCCAGCUCGCGGGAGAUUUUCAACUACUUCAACGAUUUUGCGAGGAAGUAUGCGCUGCACAGGUUUGUCAAGACGAGGCAUCAGGUCGCCGGCGCGUACUGGAACAAGGAGAAGGGCGGCUAUGACGUGCACAUCAAGGACCUUGAGAAGAACGAGACGGUUGUCGACCACUGCGAUAUUCUCGUGAAUGCUUCUGGCAUCCUGAACAACUGGCAGUGGCCUGCCAUCCCUGGCCUCGACAAAUACAAGGGCGUGCUGCUUCACACGGCGAAUUGGGACGACAAGAUCGACCUCAAUGGCCGCCAUGUCGGCCUGAUCGGUAAUGGAUCCUCCGGCAUCCAAGUCCUCCCCACCAUCCAACCGUACGUCCAGAAAUGCACAACCUUCAUCCGCGAGCCCACCUGGGUAUCGCCCGUCCAAGGUCUCGAGCAGCACGUCUUCUCUGACCAAGAGCGUCUCGACUUCGCCACCAAACCCGGCGUUCUGAAUGAAUACCGUCGGAACGUCGAGCGCGGACUCAACGGCCAAUUCGGCAUCUUCCUCAAGGGCACCAACACCAACGACGAUACCGAAGCAUAUUUCAGGACUCAGAUGAAGGACAAGCUGCAUGACCCCUACCUCGAGGAGCGCCUGAUCCCCAAUUGGCACGUUGGUUGCCGUCGUCUGACCCCCGGCGUCGGCUACCUAGAAGCACUUGGCAAGGACAACGUCGAAGUCGUAUACGGCGAGAUCAACGAGAUCACCGAGCGCGGCUGCCUCUGUGAUAAUGGUCAGGAGUACCCUGUCGACGUUCUCAUCUGCGCCACUGGCUUCAACACCUCUUUCAAGCCGCGGUUCCCCGUCGUCGGCCCAUCCGGCACAAACCUACAGGACGCCUGGAAAGACGAAGCGCAGUCAUACUUCGGCAUCGCCGCCGCUGACGUCCCUAACUACCUCAUCUUCCUCGGUCCUAACUGCCCAAUCGGAAACGGCCCCGUACUGUCUGCCAUUGAGUGCCAGGCAGACUACAUGUGCAAGCUCAUCGACCGCUUCCAGACGAACAAUAUUGCUACGUUUGCACCUAAGCAGGAAGCAGUGGCGGACUUCAUCGCCCACAAGGAUCGCUUUAUGCAGAAGACUGUCUGGCAUGACCCUUGCCGCUCAUGGUACAAGCAACGGCCGGAUGGACCCAUUACUGCGCUGUGGCCGGGCUCUACGCUGCACUACAUUGAGGCUAUGAUGGAGGUGCGGUUUGAUGACUGGGACGUCAAGUACAACGGUAAUCGGUUUGCCUGGAUGGGCAAUGGAUACUCGCAGACGGAGCUAGAUCCUACAGCUGACUGGGCGUAUUAUAUUAGAGAAAAGGAUGACGACGAGCCGUUGUCAAGGAAACGCAAGUUGCAGCUUAUCAACAAGAGCGGAACUGUGCAAGCCACGGCUGGUGUCAGCUUUACCGGCAAGCAGGUCGCUGUCGAGGAGAAUGCGCAGGCGAAGCUGUAAGCUGAAUGCGGAGGGUGUGGUACCAGUAUGAUGUGCAUUUGUAGCAGUUAUUGGCUCAGCUUGCAUAGCUGUUGCAAGUUCGAAACGUGAGCGUUCUCCGCAGUUUUUCCUUUCUUUGUGGAUAGCAUUUUCUGUAGAUAUAGUUUCCGGGAAGGCCGCGAUUUCAACUCGUAGCAAGGCGUGAUGAUACGAGGACAGGCCUGCUUACAAACAAUUU